GAUAUAUCUUCUUGUAUUUAAGUCAACUCAAAACGCAAAAUAAUUCUUUCUCGAAUUGACUUAAUUAUUUUCAAAUAUCCUCGAAUCGGAAAUUCUCCGGCAUCUAUGUCACGGAUAACUAUUUAAUGAUAAAUGCAAAUAGGUAGAAGAAAAACAACACGCUGUUGCGUCAUCCGAUUCGGAGAAAAACUUGUAACGGGAGAAAGAAGUGUGCGACAGGGAGGGAGAAAAAUAGGGAGAGACCGUAUCUCGUCGGUAAAAUCGGUUUGGAAAGAAUGUUCAUUUUCCUCGGCACAAUUCCAAACACCCCAUCGGGCGAAGGGUUCCCGAGGCAGGUACGGCUUGCUGCCUAGGGAGUGCCUCUCUCGGAGCAGAAAAGUCGCGGAAAGAGAAGGAGAAAGAGAGGAAGAGAAAAAGGGUGGGGGAGGGGGCCUGGUGGGACGUAGUGGGGCCCAGUCGGUCGGAGUCUCACGCCUUCCGUCAGUCCUCAGUCCGACGAGGAGCGUAGAUCGGUCGACACCUUGCUGUUCCAUCGUUACCCGCCCGAUUCGUGCGCGUUCCAUCAUCGAACGUCACACUCCGUCCACGCGACAAACCACGAUUCCCAUCGAUUUUCGAUCGAGCUGGAAUCCUCGCCUCGCCGCAUAUUCUCGUACAGGAAGAAAAUUGGUGAAAUGGGAAGCAGUCGGUGAGGCGAAGGCGACCGACAGCGCCAUCUACGCGGCCAAAGGAGAGAGCGCGAUCGUCGAAAGGCUGGCAAAUAAGCGGAUGAAGCAAUAAAUAACUGGUUUCGGAACGCAACAAGACGGAGGACACGUUUCGGAAGGUUGAUCGCCGAUGAGGAGACGGCGAGGAACGUCGUCGGAUACGACAGCCUGCGCGGCUGACGAAGGCUGUCGGCCGCGCCUCUGGAUUCCAACAGCGGCGACACACUCGGCGGGCCCGUUCGAUUCCGCGGCGCGUCGGUGAGCGUUGCUCGUUUCUUCGUGUGCUGCGUGGAAAGAGUGUGUAACCUGUCCGCCGCGGUGGAUCGGUACACGUGGAGGUGAGGGGCGACCAGGAGGACGUAGACGCCACUGGUGCACACCGCAUACCACAGGAGAACCUGGACGAGCAGAAGAGAGGAGAGGGGGGAGGUGGAAAGAGGUGGGGGGUUGAAAAAGGUAGGCAAGAUCGGGAGCGGUGUUGGGAGAGAGAAACUGGCGAGCUGGCCAGCCGGAGGAUCGUGGAGAGAAGGCCAGGUAGAAGAGGAAAAGGGAGUUACGGGCAGGGGACAGUUGGUGGGGAAGCCGUCAGAAGGCGGCCAUAAUGGCCUGACGCGAUCUCGAGCGAGCGGCGGCUACAGCUGCUGCGAAAUAGCCGAGAGCGGCUCUCCUCGUUGUCCACGCACACGUAUUUUGCAAUCGCGGACGGGCUACGUGUUUGGAAAGUGACUGCGUAAUCGCGAGUGAAGUGUGUUACCGGGUGGAGUCCUCCUCUCUAACGUUGUUCCGUACGGUCACGAGUGGUGCUUCUCGAAUUUUAUAUUAUUUUCGAUGCUCGAUGCUCGGUGUUCCACGAUUCGACGCUUCUGGAUCGUUGCUACCUACUUCGCUAUCGCGCCUACUUUUCCUCUUCUGAGUUGAAAAAGCGGUGAAAAGCGAGGGAGGAGAGGCGACCGACCGCGGUGGAAGAUCGAGGAAAUCUUUAAUCUUUAACGAGAAUCCGAAGAAUUCAUUGGCAAAGAUGAGGGGUGCCAAUCAAGACACCGCGACGCCGUAUUGUCGUUGCAGAGUCCUGUACUUGGGCAGCUCCGUGCCCCACGCAAGCAAGGAAGGUUUGCUCGGUGUCCAGGAACCGUUGAGAGAAUUGUAUCCGGAACAGGGGGCCCUGGGAGCACGUGGACUCGACUCCUGGCUCAGCGUUUGGAGCAACGGCCUGUUAUUGGAGAACGUGGACGAGCAUCGCAAGAAGGUUACCAGGUUCUUUCCCAUCGAGGCGCUUCACUAUUGCGCCGCGGUCAGGCACGUUAAAGGCGGAAGCGGCGACUCCUCGAACACAAGGUUCCUGCCUCUGGACUCGCCGUUCGCCAGGACACCAAGUGCCAAUCACCCGCCCCUUUUCGCCGCUGUUCUUCGACGAACAACCGGCAUCAAGGUCCUCGAGUGUCACGCGUUCAUAUGCAAACGCGACAUGGCGGCCAACGCCCUGGUCAGGUGUUGUUUUCACGCGUACGCCGACAGCAGCUACGCCAAGGGCCUGGACCCGAGCGCCACGACGAACGGGGUCACCGGCCACCCUUCCAACAACAGCCUGUAUCACACGUUGGGCGGAUCCAGCACCACCUUGGACAGCCCUCAGGCGACGCGUUUGGACGCCACGUCGACGGACGACAUCAGCCUGUACAACGGUGACGAGAAUCACAAGGUUUGGGCCAGGGGUCGCGACGAGGUGGAGGGUUUAUACCAGGAACAAGGCACCCUCAGGAGCACCAAGGGUUCCAGGCCCCGGCAGCUGGUCGCUCCACCUCCUCCACCGCCGCCACCGCCCCCACCCUCUCAACCUCUGCUCCUCGAGGAAUCCUCCUCCUCCUCCGUCCGCAGGAAAGCCAACAAAAAGUUGAAGAAACUGAAAAACCGAUCGUCUCACGAAGACCCCUUGCAACAGGCGCAUCUGCACCCCCAGCUUCACCAGGGGAUCUACACUAACGGCCAUGGGCAUCACACUCUGGGCCAUCCGGUCAGGCAGCAGCACUACCACCCUCACCCUCUGCCGCCUAGCAGUCGAUCAGUGGCCGGAACCCUGGCCAGACCCGCCCCGGUUCUGUUGGUCCCAGCCGCCACUCUACCCAGGAAGGCCCAUCAUCAUCCCAAAGGGCUCAGACCGAUCCCAGCGGCCGCUCCCAUUGUCCCGGUCUACGCCCCCCUCCCGGUAGUGCCUCCGCCACCCGCCGCAGCUAUUUACCCGGCUGGAACUUACGGGACGGCUGGGAACAGAGGCAGGAGGCAACACGCGGACGCGGAUUCUUCCACGUUGGGCGCUUCGAGGCGGCUGGCCGCGUCCCACGCGGACCUAACCUCCGCCGAAAUGAGCAGAGCGGCCGACAGCCCUGAAAACGAGUCGCGCUUCGGUACAGGGAUCUAUCGGCGGAAGGGCCACCUGAACGAGAGGGCGUUCUCGUACAGCAUCCGUGCGGAGCAUCGUAGCAGGAGUCACGGAAGCUUGGCCUCUCUGGGUUUUAGCGCGCAAAAUGGGAACGCGUUGCCCAAAGAAGAGAAGAAGGACAGGGAGAUAGCGCAAUUGGUGGCUGGCUUGAAUUUGGACGAUAGCCCGGAGAGGGCACAGCCGCCGGCCAACCCCAGGAACGGUUAUUCCCAUCAUCAGCAACAACUCCAGCCUCUUCCCAGGCCUCGACCUCGUUAAUCGUCGCUCGAUACUCGGAUCGAUUCGUUGCUUUAGUAUUCGAUCCAAGUCUGGAGAGAUCGUUGCUCGAGUCGAUCCGUAACCGAGUCGAACGACGCCCUUCGUCCCGAGCCUGGCUAAAGGGUUUAUCCCCUCGUGGAAACGUGAACGAUUAUUGUAGAAUUUGUUUAGAAUCGUUUGGUCGGGAAGAAAUCUGACGAUGCGAAUGGAUUCGAGAUCGAACGACACGAGAUAGGUGUUUUCCUAUCGUUUUCCUUCGGAAGAACCAGUGUUUUCGUAGAUGGAAAUUUCGAAAUUUCGUCUUUCUUGGACUUGGUUCAAACAGGGAUAUUCACAGUUUGAGCGGAAAAAUACGAGGAAAAUGAUUUGUCGCAGCAUUAGCGUGGAAAAUCGCGAUAGGUGGUCGAGCUUGUGGUGCCCGACUGGUUCAAUUGGCUUUCGUUUCUCGGAACAACCUUCCCCGAGUAGGAAAAUUACGGACAGGUAAAAAGCUGACAAACGUCAGGCCUCAUCUUCGUCGCGCAGGUUUCUAUCUGUGACCUCGAUCGUCUUAUCUCGAGAGUUGGUUACCUUUGUCGAAUUAACAACUCGGAUCGUGGGAUGCUUUGCUGGAAAGAAAUUGAAAUUGUAAAUUAGUUUGAGACAAAUUAACUUUUCUGGAUCGGAAAGAAAUUUAUAUUUCAAGUUUUCCGAAAUUGCUUUCUGUUUUUUUUUUUCUUUCUUUGUAAUCUUAAAACUUGAUUCUUAAAAGUCGUUGCAAGAAAUUAUACAGGAAUAGCAUUUUUUGGAGGGUUUCUCUAAAGGUUAAAUUUAACUUUGACAGAAUAUAGCAAAAUUAUAUACUCUUGAAAAAAUAAUUUAUUAAAUACGAUUCAACAGAAGUAAAAUAUGAUUCUUAUAAAGAUUAAAUCGAUAAAGUUCGAUGUUUUUUUUUUUUCUUUAAUUGAUCACGGUUGGCGGAAAAGAUUGAUGUAACGAAAAAAAAGUCCUUCCUGUCUAAUUGGACAAGCUCGAAUUAUUGUCACCAGACCAAAAAGAUCGUUCUAAUGGUUGAAACUCGUUAGACACCGUACACAGGCACGCAAUCUAUAUAAUAUUUCCUUCGAGAAUAUAAUAAUAAUUUUGAAAUUAAAAUUUUAUACAUCCAUUAACGAAAUAUUAUUUACAAAUUUUGUUACUUAAUUCGAUGCUUCUAAAAUUUCUUAAAAUCGGUUAAAAAUGAAAUUUUCGUUCGAAUAAACGAAGAUCGUUCAAUUUUAAUUGAAUUCGAUCGAAACAUUUUCAUCGUGACAAUGGACGAACAAUUCGCCAUUCUUCUAAAAUUAUCGAAAAAUCGUCGAACAAUUUCCCCCUAGAAAACCGAUGCUUUUCUCGCUUCCCGACGCACGACUUUCAGUUGGCUCGCUCGUGAGAACGCAAACGUUAAUCUUAAUUGCAUGAGAAAAAGUUAUGCCGUAAGGGAAAAGGAAGGAGAAUUUUGAGAGAUCGAGGGAAAACGAAACUUAUACGUUUCGUUCUCUCUUCCUUUUUUUUUUUUUUUCACCAUCGAAACAAUAUUACCAAAAAUAUAUUACUUCAAAAUCUUUGCAUUUCUCUGCUGAACGAAACGCAUAAAUCUCGCAAUAAGAGGAAACGAAUACCUGCAUGAAUCGUCACCAAGUUUUACGGAUAUACAUUGUUUUCGCGACGAACGAGAUUUCAUAAGCGUGAAUCGGCCUUUGCCUUUUACAUUAUUAACCUUAAAUAAAUCCAACUACGAUUAUUAAUUACCGGAAUCUAUAAAAUUUGCGAGAGAAUGCGCGGUAAUUGCGAUCAUUUGCAUGUUUCGAGCUGUUUAUUUUUUCUCUUCCACGAUGUUUCACGCGCGUAGGCGCAACAACGCGGUGGGAAAAUCGGUCGGGUUGCAGGGGCGCCACCACAUUAACGUAAGGGAAACGAAGGUUGUGCAUCGCGUAUUCCUUCGACGCACGGCCCCGUUUUUCCACGGGAAAGAAACGACUAUCGUAACGAACGAGUAUUUAAUAACCGCGGAGACACGGAGGAUUACUUAAGCGUUCAUACGUUGAUGCGACUCGCGCAAUCGCGUGUUGAAUCGUGCUCGUGAGAACGAAAUCUGGGAAAUGCGAUUGCUUUGUGCAAUCGUAUCACCGAGACCAAUAUUGUUACGCACAAUUAACCUGAUGAUAGUAAUUAGCGCGCGGCUUAACAGGGGGAGAAAAUCCGCGAAACAUUUGCCUCUUCACGCUCGAGACGAAAAUUCAAGCGAGUGAAUUGGAACUCGAGAAAAAUAUCUCGUGUUGAAAUAUUAAAAUAAUUUUCAAUCGACGAUAAAUAUUUUCUCCGUUGAGAUCGCGUCGAAAUGUUUCUAGGUUAUAAUUAACAGUAUUUAUAAAACAAGAGAAACAAGUCCGAAUCAAUUAAUUGAUGAGAAAUCAAUCCAGCGCUUGGGCAUCGAAUAUAUCUAUUUUCGAGACUGGUCAUAGAUACCUUGCAUGCAUAAACGAAUAUAUUUUUCCUGUGGACGAGUAUGCAUGUAUUAUUAAUCGAUUAUUAUCGAUCCGCGGCCGAUGUUAUGCACUCGUAUAUUUUCUUAUUGCAUUUUUUCUCGAUCUUCUCGCUCGUUGAAACAAUGUGCGUAAUGAUAUCUUUAUUUAUCGUUUCACUUGUUUGGUAUUUCUUAAAAAAAAGAAUCGAUAAUUUAUCUCUUUCUUAUUUGAUUUAUCGAGUCAAAUAUUCCUUACUAGCGAUUUAAAAUUUUUUAAAAUUAUCCUGUUGAAAGAAAAGAAAGUAGAAAUUACGCAACGUUUGCGUUUCUUUACGUUUUGAUUGAUUUUUGCGGGGAUUGGAAAAAGAAGAACGAUAUAUAAAAGUGGUUAAUGAUCGGCAAAUGAACGAGUAACGUGGAAUAUUGCUCGGAAACUAUUCUUUAUAAUACUGCUCGCGCUUCAUCGAUUGCAUUGAUCGGCUUGGUGAAAAGUGUCUCUUGGUUUCGUAACGUGUUUCUUUAUAUUCUCGCAACGCGUAACUCGUGAGGAGGAUAAAAAAAAGGGGAAGGGAGGGAGAUAGAAUUGCGUGGUUGGUUCAAGGUAUCGCGAGUGCAAUGGACCGAAUUAUGCCAUGGAAUGUAUAAUUCUUAGGUUAGCAAAACCUGCUUAUGAUUUAAUUUAUAAUUUAUGCAACGCGUUUUAGACGGAAAUGUUGAAAGAAAUAUUCGAAACGAUUUUGAUAAAAUUUUAGUAAAAGGAUUUUACGAUAGAAUAUUAAAAAAAAAAUUCCUAUAAAAAUAAAAAAUUUUGUAAAUGUUUCGCGUAAUAUUAUAUUUAAAAAAACAUUUAUUAUAAUUAAUAAUUUUGUAUUAUUCCCUUUACCUUUACGAUUUAACAAACGUAAGCAAAGCGUACAAUCGCUCUUAAAUAAGUGUGUUCAAAGAAAGAAGUCGACCUGACCCAGUGACACUUAUCGUGUAACAAAUCGAACUCUUCGAGUUGCGACAUCACGAAAAUUCUUUUCAUUGGUUACAAACCAAUUGUCUUCGAGAUUUCUUUUCAGUUCUAAUGACAUCAUUGUUGUAAGCAAAUCGUAUCUAAUUUUACCGCCAUUGCAUCAAUCAAAACGAGGCAAAGAAAUACCUAGAAAAAAAAAAAGAAAAAAAAAAAAAGAAACUGAAUAUCAAUUUCAAUUUUAACGAUGCUUCAAUUGCUUAAAGUAAUAAAAAAGAUUCGCUACAUUGAUUAUCCAAUUUUCCACGCUAAAAUUGCGAAUUUUUUUCCUUUUAAAAGCAAUUAUUUUGUGUUGUUAAUUAUACAUGCGACCACACCGUAUCUUCGAUUUUUCCGUCUCUUGUCCUCUUGUCUCUAUAUACAUAUAUAAAUAUAAAUAUAUAGAUGAGUGAUGCGACGUCGUCGUUAUGUUAUUUUUUCUGCAUUAAAAUUGCAUAAUUCGGUAAGUUACGAUGCAAUUGUGUAUAAUAAAUUCUGGUGUGAAAAAUAGAGAUGCCGAAUUACCGGAUGUGUGAGAUCGAAACGAUGUCGCGUCAGUCGUUUUUGUUUCGAAGUUAAACUAGACAGAUAGCGCCACCGAGUGCUAUCCCAGAGUGGUCCAGAAUGGGAAUCAGUGCCAAACGUCAUAAAUUGUCCGACUUUGCAAAUUGUAUCGACAUUUUUUUUCUUUUUUUUUCUUUCACCUCUUUCAAUUCUGUCGCUUAAUUCUUCUUUCGGUGUGCUGAAUUUAAGAGAAAUAUUCAAAGCUUGGAGCCUAAUAAGGAUGAUACGCGAGUUUUCGUAGAUUCGCCUAGUCAUUAAGAUUAUCAGGCUGGAACGGAAGUUCCGCUCGUUUGUCCUUCGUGGUUGACAAAAAUAAGACUGACUUUGAAAAAAAAUAAUCAUUCAUCUUUUCAGCAGACGAUUCAAACAUCUUCGUUUUUCUUUUUUAAUAUCUAUUUUUUUUUUCAAAUUUCCAUACAAUAUUUCUAUUUACCAAUAUUUUUUUUUAUUUUUUUUCUUAUUUCUCGAUUUUAAAAACUUAAUGCUCGAUACCCCACUCGAUUUUUAAUCUCGAGUAUAAAGUUAAGAGUUUGGAAAACAGUCUGGUAAAUGAAGAAACGGAGAAAGAAAAACCCGAGAGACUUGCAAGUCGGACAAAAGAUGCAACUGGAACUUAUUUAUUUUAUAUUAUCGCAUGUGCCAGAUGAAUUGUAUAGGAAAUCACCCCAGCCGAGUGUUUUCAACUCGAUGAUAUAAUUAUAACUUAAAUGUUUCGUAUAGGAUCGUGUUAUAUAUUUGUAGAGCAACGUCCCUUCUAUUAUUAUUUCCUUUACAUUAAAUAGAAUCCUUCCGAUAAUGAAUAUAUGAUAUGACGUUUUGCUCUGCAAAUAAUCACACGUUAUCGUUAAUGGGUUACGAAUCGUUCACCAUCGAAUAAUAAUUACAAUUACCUUUUUUUUAAGGAUUUCUCUCGGAAAUUAUCCCAUUAACUCUUCCUUUGAUAGAUGACUCCUUUGAUAGAUGAAAUUGAUAUCAAUGAGAGACGAUAGAGAGAGAGACAAAUGGCUGUUCGAACGAAGAGUUAAACGGUGAAAAUUGAUCGAGAUUUUCGCGAAGCGCAAACGAUUAUUUAUUUAUCGUGAUCUAUGCUCGUUUCGCGGACAUGUAUCGUAAUGAAAAUAUAUUUAUAUGAUUUAUCGAACGCGAUGGAGUCCCUCUCCGCCUUCGCUUUCUGGAGACGUUGUGUAUCGCUCGUAGUAAACGCUUUAUCUCAGUGACGUGUCCUCUUACACAAGCCUUUAAACAUCACCGAAUUAUUUAAAUAUUUGUAUUGAAUUUGAAAUUAUUAUUAAGAGACUAUUAUUAUUAUGUCAAUGCGGAGAAUUAAAUUCAAAAAAAUAUUCAAAAAUGGUAAGUUAAGUAAAAAUUUGUUUCGAUAAAUUUUAUGAAUUUCUGUAGUUUUUCGGGGAAUGAAUUUGAUUUUAAAGGCUCGAAAUCUAAGAAGGAGGAUCUUUUUAAAAAUACGAGAAAUACAGAAGACGGAUUAACCGGAGAUCCAUCCCAUCCUCUUCAAUUACUUGUGAACAUAUUAUGUAUAUUGUUACGUGUCGAUUGCCAUGCAAGAUUAAUUAAUAAUAAACUAACAAUGCAAUUAUAAAGUA